AUGGAUUUCCUUCUCGGAGACUUCUGCUUGUCCUGCGAUCGCCAGACCAACGGUACCGCCUUCUGUUCCUCGGCAUGUCGUCUUACCCAGCUGGAUGACUUCGCCCUGGCCGAGUCGAGUCCAGUGACGUCCUCGUUAUCGGGUUACACAAGUACUCACGGCUCUGCGUCACAACGAUCCUCCAUGGCCUUUCCUUCCACCGGUCUCUAUCUGCCUCCGGCCUACGACUUCUCUUUGCACCGAACUUCCUCUUCCAACUCUCUAGCCAUGUCUCUAAGUUCCAGGCCCCACAGUCCCAAGAUCUCUGAACAGGCUCAGAACGAUCUCAAGGACUAUGUCGGAUCGUUCGACCAGACCAGGACCCUACGAAGACGAGUCUCCAUGCAAGGCAACGACGAGUUCAAAGCUUGUGCCAAGUCCUAA